AUGCGUAUCAAAAACAUUUUCCCAGAAAUCCAACGUCAACACAAAAGCAAGAAGGACAAAGCUAUUCUCAUCCGUCAAGAUGGAGGAGAACAUAUACCUAGAACGCCAGUGCUUACGGCACAGCGGCCUAAGCGUAUGUCAGACUUCAUAAAAUCACCGUCACUACGCUCCAUGACAUUUUCACAGAAUACAAAAUCUUCUUCACGGCCAUCACAAAAGAAACUCUCGUCCGUGGCUGAGGAAGAAGAGAUUGCGUUUAACUAUCAGAUGGCACUGUUAGAGGACCCACCAGAGUGGGACCUUGAUGCUGGUAUUGGAUCCCGAGACUUCGAGUCGCCGUCUAUGACGCCGCCAGCGAUAACAACAAGCCGUGCUAGUUCGCCUUCACAUAUCGAAAAAGUUACGGAGACAUCGAGGAAACAGCUCCAGCGGCUGGCAAGUAAGCUACACUAUCUACACGACAAUACGAUGACCAGCCAAGGUGCAGAUGGAAAAGAGCGUCGACUGAGCAAAUCCGAACCAGAUUUAUCAAAGCUGAAGAAAGAAGCUGGAAGUUUAUCACCACCUUCAUCACCUACAAAUCAAUCACACACAGAGAACCUACGAGGCCGCACCCGUACUAUUAGGGAGGAAGACGAAGAAAGAGAACAUACUCCACGUCGUCGGUCAAGGUCCGGACCUCCUUCCUGGAGGAUGCCACCGAAAAACAUCCGACGCGGUAUGCCCCAUGUGCGCGAGGCUUCGCCCCUGCCGAGCUUUCCAUUAGGGCCGGUAGAUAUUAAGUACCACGAAUCCUCAGUUAUGGCACGAGCUAUGUGGAAGAACGGCGAGGUGAGGUAUGAGGAUCAGUGGGGUCGACGGUUGGUUCCUAUCGGGCGACAGAACUCGUUUAUGUUUGAGCUCUGGCCGGUUAGUGAAGAGUGA